GCAGGCUACUGGGCUCUGCCCACACACCUACCAGACUCGGUUCCUAAAAGCCAGCUCGGAGCAAUCCCUUUGGGCUGCAGCCAAAUCCCUGAUGUGAUUUUAAGGAAGACCAGCAGGUCCGGGUCUCCAGGGGUCAACCCCACACAAAUCCCCCGCACUUUCCCGCAUGUAGGCCUGCGGGCGUAGAGGGCGUGGAAUUCACAGCCUCCCCACCCAUCCGCAGGGGUCUCCUGGGAGGAAUCCACAGGCGAUGGGAACCCUGAAGCUGAGCUACGGCGUCCGCCCGAGCCUUUUCUUAAAUGCGCCAACCCCGGAAGCGGGGCAUCCAAGGGAGCGAGCGACGGGCCACGCACGUCCUGGCGUUCAGUACGGGGCAGCUUCUCCGGCUGGUGGGAGGGUGGGGAGCCUCUCAGGCAGGGUGGCAACCAACUAUAUCUGAGGACCAGAGCCAUUUUAGGGCACCAGAACUUGUGACCUUUCCAUCUCCACCCAGCUGGGUCCAGGGGCCACUCUCAGCACCCACCUCAGCAGCUGACAUCAUACGGCAGACUUGGGAACCUGGAAGCACUCUGGAGAACCUUUUCCUGAGACAUGGAGCUUUGGGGCCGAAUGCUGUGGGCCUUCCUGUCUGGCCCAGGGAGAGGGGGACGUACCCUGGGCUGGGCCUUCAGCUCAUGGCAACCCCAACCACCUCUGGCUGGGUUAUCCAGUGCCACAGAACUGGUCAGCCACUGGACUAGGGUCUUUGAGAAGAGAGGUAUCCCUGAGGCCCGGGAAUCCAUUUCAGAGCCUGAGGCCGGCACUUUGGACCCAGCCCUUGACCUCUCAGCAACUACAGUGUAUCCAGGAGCUGAGUAGCCGUCGAUUGCAGAGGCAUGGUCCUGUUGUUCCUGGCUCUGUCACUGAUGACCACCUGGCUGCCCUCUCUGCAGGAUGCCGGUGCAGUACAUCCUUGGAGAGUGGGACUUUCAGGGGCUCAGCCUGAGGAUGGUGCCCCCAGUGUUUAUUCCUCGGCCAGAAACAGAGGCAAUCAUUUGUUUGGUGCAGAAGAGGCUUGGAACAGGGAGGUUUGCACCUGCUGGCCAAGUUCUGCCUGGCUUGGACUUGACAUCCUCAGGGAACUGGUUGAGUGGGUGCUGGAAGAGGUGGCUCAGAGGUCCUAUGCUGUGGGAUCCCCAGGCAGCCCCCUCAUUCUGGAGGUAGGCUGUGGAUCGGGAGCCAUCUCCCUCAGCCUGCUGAGCCAGCUCCCUCAGAGCCGAGUCAUUGCUGUGGAUAAGGGGGAGGCUGCCAUCUCUCUGACCCAUGAGAACGCUCAGAGGCUUCGGUUGCAGGACAGGAUUUGGAUCAUCCACCUUGACAUGACCUCAGAAAGGAGCUGGACACACCUGCCCUUGGGCCCUGUGGACCUGGUCGUCAGCAACCCUCCCUACGUCUUCCACCAGGACAUGGAACAGCUGGCCCCCGAGAUCCGCAGCUAUGAAGACCCUGCGGCCCUGGACGGUGGGGAGGAGGGCAUGGACAUCAUUACCCACAUCCUGGCCCUGGCACCCCAGCUCCUGAAGGACUCUGGUAGUAUCUUCUUAGAAGUGGACCCAAGGCACCCGGAGCUUGUCAGCAGCUGGCUUCAGAGCCGGCCUGAACUGUACCUUAAUCUUGUGGCUGUGCGCAGGGACUUCUGUGGGAGGCCCCGGUUCCUGCAUAUCCAGAGGUCUAGGCCAUAGUGUGGCUGCCCUGUGGAUGCCUUGUCUGUGGCGCCAGCCUGACCAGAGGGAGGUGGAUGGCACUUUCCAGAACCCAGGUGCUUAUGGUAUUUCCCAAGGUUCUGUGAUUUCCCCAUGCUCUGCAUUUCUGGGAUAUUUCUAGGACACCUGGGUAAACCCAAGUUCUCAGUCUGGCUCCAUCACAUCAGGAUGGCCGAGGGCAGUUGCUGUGUGUUGCUGAAAUAGAUGUGGGAGUAUUGGGGGAUAUGGCCAGUAAAGUAUUGAGAGACUAACAAAUGGUGACCUAAUGAUUUGUGCAUGACUUGCAGGUCCCCUGACCCCUUACUCCCAGGUAGCGCUGGGGUGAGAGUUUCCUUCUGCCCCAGCAGGGCUGGCCGUCAGUCCCCUGCUUGGUAGGGGUGUGCAGGUGCAGCGUGGAGGAGGAAGGCACAUGAGUCCUCACUCCUGGCCUUGGAUACCAUGGGGCCUGGUGUAGAGCAGCUCACUCCCAGGGACUGAUCAGUCCUCCACUGCCCUGGGUGCAUGCGUACACACUUCUCUGGCCAAGCCUGGCUCAAGCACAGGAAGCUCAUCUGCAUUUCGGCUCAAGGAUGACUGCCUGCUUUCUGGAGGGGAGGGCCUGGAGGUCCUUGCUGCACAGUUCCUGGGUCGCACAUCCACAUUGAUUUAACGGAAGGCUUGAGCCAGUGAGGGGUGUUUCCUUUUUAUCCCCAUAGCUUUUAACUAAAACAUCCCUCCUGAGUUGACCCCCUGGGGUUUCAAAUAACGCAUGUGUACCUGGUUGGGACUGGUGAGAGUGAGAAACUGAGAUACUGGGCACAGGAUUGUGGCCUCCACCCCAGCUCUGGUCUGUGCAGACUCAUGGCCACCAGGAGGCCUGCAGAUCCAGCCUUCCUAUCAACAGUGACAGGAAAUCUCUAGGUUGGUGAGUACUGGUGGUGUGAGCCUGCUUCAGGGUGGGUCCUAAGGAACAUGGCAAACCAGGCUGGCUUAUUCCACUAGACUGCCCCCUGCCACUCCAGCACUUCCAGGGCCUGGCAGUAUGGUCUGAUGGGCAGCAUCCUCUGCUGCAGCCAGGAGAGCUGAGUUCCAAGGCUGUGUCCUGCAGUGGGACCUUGGGCAGCUCCUUUCCCUGUGAGAAGCUGGCUCUUCUGAGUCCAAGGCCAACGCCAAGUGGCAGCCUCUUUCCUCUUAGCCAAGUGGAAUGUGCAUGCUGGCAUCUGAAUGUCCAUUUUCCAGGCAGAGAGAACAAGAGAAGGUGUGGACUGCCUGAGGUCCCAUGACAGUGGCCAAGUGGAGAUAGUAAGUUAGAUCCCUCCCUUUGGGGAGCCUAUAUUGCUGGAGUCAUAACCAGCCUAAGUGUCGCCCUGCACUAUGGCUGGAGGAUGCAUUUGGCAGAGGUCACGCUGCAGUUUCCAGCGCCCCAGUGGCCUGCCCCAUGCCCAGCCCCAGCUGCAUGAACCCUGAGCUGCCCCUGGCUUCCUUUGAGGAGGCUGCUCCAGAAGGAACCUGGGUCGGGAGGGCAAAGGGGUGCACAACCAGGGCGAGGCUCCCACUCCCUGAGUCCUCCGUGCUCACAGACCUUUGCCUGCUAAGGUCCUCACCAGUGUUGCCCUUUCUGUCUUCCUCCCUGUGCCCUUUGGCUCUUGCUGUCUUCAGCAGCAUCUCAGGGCAGUUGCCCUGACCUUAGUGUAGUCUGUCAUCCCCUACCCCUCAGCCAGUCCUGACUUCCCUGAUGGUCUCACCCUCCUGGCCUCAGGCCUAUUCCUGAGGAAGGGCCUUGGCGAGCUUGUGGAUGUUGCACCAGAAGAGAGUGCAGUGUUGGAGAGUGACAGUGUUGGGGCAGCUGGGGCCACAAGCAGGAGCCGCCCUCGGGGACAACUUUCUGCCCAGAAAAAUGUGCAGCUUGACUCUGCUGAGGAAAAGGUCCAAGCCAAGAGGACUGGCAGGUGGGGCCUCAAGCCUGCAGCCACUGGCUUGAUUGGGCCCUGGACAUUGAGCCCUGAUGUUGUAGCCACACCAGCCUGGAUUUCAAUCCCAGAAUCUGCCCCUCACCACAAUGUGACCUUGGGCAGAUGACUUCACCUCACUUAGCCUUGGCUUCUAAGACUGAGAAAUGUGACUAAAUGCUUUAUUUCAUAGGAUGCGUGUGAGGAGCCCAUGGAAGGUGCCUGACUUGGCAUAUUGUGGCAUUUUUUCUUGCCUUCCUCAGAGGGCAGACACUGGGAGGAAGGCCCUGAUGCCCUCAGGUGUCCAUCUGAUGCUUGGGACCAACAUAAGGCAGGCAGGGAUACAAGGCAGUCUGGAAAGAAGGGUAGGCAGGAGUUUCAGUCUUGGGCUCUUGACUCCUCAUCGUUGUCUGGAGAUGGAGCCAGCAGGCUGGUAGCCUGGCAGCCCACAUCUCCCCUCAGCCCCUCCUCACUAUGGCCCCAGUGCCUUGAGGCCCAGGCCAGGGCAGCCAGUGGCUCCAGCUCAGGGAAAGCCAGGCUCACCUGCCCUAUCCCCUCCCUUGCUCCUGAGGCCAAAGCCAGAGACUCGAACUACCUCCCCACCACCACCAGCAUAUGUCAAGGAGCACUUGCAGGCAGAAUGGGAGGAGGACAUGGAGCUGAUGGUGGAGUCCAGGCUGUGCAGGCCCCUGAGGUCUUGAGAGAUGUGCCUACUGCCCAUGCAGCCUCCUUCAGCCAGAGCCCAGAGCACAGACAGGAGUGUAGGAGCCCCUGUUUGAUGUACUCUGGGAAAGUAUUCUAUCUCCUCUUCUGAUAGUUGGGGAAACUGAGGCCUUGUCUCACAGUUGGAUGCUUUUCCCAGUUGUCAAUGGGUUUCUCCAUGGGGCUCAUCCAGCUGCCUUAUUGAAAUAUGCCUCCAACCUUGUAAAUGCAAGAAAUCUACUCUUUUUGGCUCCUUUACCCCCACCUGGGCCCUGGGCCAUUGGCUGCUCCCAAUCCCUGCCCCAAACACUUAGCUGGCUCCCCAUGACUUAAGUGUGUUCUCUUGUGUCCUAUGGAAUCCAGUUCUGAAGAGAUGGGGGAGGACAACUGUGGGAAAAGCCCUGGGGGCCCUCCCAAGGCCCCAUCAGUGCUCUGAGUAGGCUGCCAUCAGAACAAAGGGUUCCACUGCUGACAAGGUUUGAGAACUGCUGGCUUGAGGUGGGAACCCCUUUAACCUCUGCGGGACAGCAUAUCUUUCCCUAUCCACCUUCGAUUCUUUUCUCUCUUUUUUCUCUCUCUUCAUUGGCUCCUUCUUAGUGGAUUCUUUUCUCUACUGCCCUGGGCUUCAGCCUUUGCGCAGCACUGUUGAUGCCCUGAACACACACCUUCCCUCUGCCCAGGCAGUGCAAACGAUCCACUUCUUCAAGCUCCAACACAAAUGCUGCUUCCUUUAGGACACCUGCUCUGUGCUCUUCCUGCCUCCCCUAGCUCAUACCUCUGCUGGCACCAAUGACCUUCUGUACUAUGCCUUCAGAAACCUUCUUAUCCCUCUCAUCUCUGGGGCCCCCUGUGGAUCUGGCAUACCCAAGUUCAGUAAAUGUCUACCGGUAAGCUGAUGGUACAUGCAUUUUCUAGAAUAGAGCUGGGACUUCCCAUGUGGCCCACAUCUGACCUGGUGGCCCAUGUAUUCCGGUCAUUAGGGAGAGGAAGCCAUGAGGACCUGGCCUUCUGCCCGACCCAGGCAGCCAUUCAAGUUGAGCAGUGGCCACUUCGAAUGCUCAAGUGCACCUGAUCCCUGUGCGACAGCCGUGCCAGGAGAACUGGCUGUCCUUGGCGGCAGUAGGAGCAGGCGCCAGGUUUCCUGGAGCUCUUGGCUUCGGCCAGCCUCCAGCCAGAGUCCUGGCUAGGACAGAGACCUGAUCUCCCCCUCAUGACUUUCUACCUUGGACAAGCCCCCUGAACUGGAUUUGGGACUGUCAAAGCAACUCUACCACUGCUCUGGUAGGCUGAACAGUGACCCCCCAAAAUCGCAGUGUCUUAAUCACCUAAUCCUUAACAUGUGACUAUAUUACCUUCACAUAGGAAAAUAGACUCUGCAGAUGUGAUUAAGGAUCUUGAGAUGGAAAGAGUCUCCUGGAUUUUUCAGGUAAACUGAGUAUAAUCACAAGGGCCUCUGUAAAGGAGGCAGGAGUGUCAGAGUGACGGAAGAAAAUGUAUGUAACAAUGGAAGCAGAGGUCAGAGUGAUGCAACUGCUGCAGGAAGAGCCAUGAGCCAAGGAAUGCAGACAGCCUUUUCUUCCCUGGGGCCUCAAGAAGAAUGCAGUCCUGCCAACACCUUGAUGUUAAGCCCUGUGAAACUGAUUUCAGAUUGCUGACCUCCAGAAUAGUAAGAUCAUAGGUUUGUGUUGUUUUCAGCCACUAAAUGUGUGAUAAUUUGUUACAGCAGCCAUGGGAAAUGAAUACAGAUUGUGGUGCCCAAAUUAGUGCUGCUGUAACACAUGCCUACUGAUUGAAGUGGCUUUGGAAUUGCAAUGUGGAAAUGGGCAGAGGCUGGAAGAGUUUUGAGUCAUGAUAAAUUGCCUUAACCACCUCUCUUCAGAUAGGUGAUGUGGCCCGGUGAACUCUUACUCAACCUUCAGACCUAAACUGCCCGGGCUCCCCAUUUUUUACUCAUAUUUGGAGAGAGGUGGCCCUUUCCCAGAGUGAGAAGACUGGAAGACUGACCAGCAUGGGUCCCAGAAGGGAGUGGCUGAGGAAUGGUACUGGGAUGUGGGGAGAGAGUGCAAGGCUGGCCUCCAUGACCCAUCUCCAGAGACUGGGUCCAGAGAGGACCUCAGAGACUGGGGCCAAGGCUGUUCCUGCUUUCCUGUGGAGUUAAUGUGACUGGCCCAGGACCCCUUGGGUGUGUGAGGAUGAGCAGGGGCCCUGUACUCUCUGGGUUGCAAGUACUGCAUCUGUGAAAUGAGCACAGCAGCCCCUGACUUUGAGGAAAUGGGCCUGGCCCCUCCAUGUAAGCCAUAGGCCUGAGCAGAGCUGUGUCACCAUUCUGUUCCUAUGGUGGAAUGGGGCUAUCCCUGGGGUUCUCAACCUCCUGGUCCCUAAAACUGAAGUGGCCAACUGGUGCCCUCAGCCUUGUCCCUGUCCAGGCUGGGACUAGGACCUCCCUCUCCAGGGGUACUAAGGGACUCUGGAGACACUAUCCCACCUGGCUAAGGCUUAGGGCUCCUGAGGCCAGUCCUAACCCAGGAGCCAUAUGGAGAACUACUGGGAAGCCAGACAUGGGCCUCAUGCUGGGUUUCAGAACUGAGAAGCUAGGGGACAGAGAGCAUGGACACCUGGGUUCAAGGGUCACCUUGGCCCCAAAUCACCUAGAUACACUUUGGAUGAAGCCAGGAGGGCCUGUUUAUACUGGAAGGGGUGGGUCUUGGCAAGGCUUAUGUUCAAUCCCUGAUCUUUUUUUCCCAGAGAGGGAUGGGGCUUACUUGAAGUAACACAGCACUUGACUACUGACUCCCAGUGUGGUGCUCUCAUCUGCCAUUGCUUCCAAGGGCCUGUGGUUAGUUAAUUAAGUUAAUUAGGUGGUGCUCAUAUGGCUGUCCUUGUAGCUACUAAACCCAGGGAUUCAGGCCCAUAAAGCCCUCUGGGCCAUGUUUAUGGGCAGGUAAGAGCCACAUUAGGCCAACUGUAGCCCCUGAGUGUGCGGACAGAUUUGGGUCCCAUCAGAAACUGGUAGCUGUGGGAGGAGAGCAGGAUAUCCCCCGCUUGCGGAAUGAGUGGGCGCUUUCCCGGUGAGGGAACUGACUGUACAACCCCCAGCCUCUUCCCCCCCAGGGCCCUCCUGAGAUGUCUGGAAGGACCUUUGGGAUCUUUGGCCUCAUAACCAGGAAUCAGAAGCUUCAAAUUCUAGGGGCCCCUUUUCUUCCAAAGACGACUUCUCACACAUACAACAGUCCUGCAGGAAAAUGGUCAGGAAAGGCCAAGUUUACAGCUCACAGAGUGGGAAAGGCAGGGAAGCCUACCUCAGCCUCACUGAAAGCCCUGAACUGGGCUGACCUCCACCUGCCCCAGCUAUGCCUAAAGGGGGAGGGUGUGACAGCUCAGAGUAGCCAUGCCCCAUGGUAGGCAGGCCUGGCUAAGUGGCCCCCUUCCCAGGGUCUAGAGUCUUCCUCAGACACUAACUCUCAGAGCAGAGGAUGUCACCUUUUUGCUCCGUCUUGUACUAGGUCUGCAGCCCUUUUCUGGGGCAUGUGGCUGGGGAAAUGGUGGGAUCAGAUAUCCCCUACUGAGCCCAGGGAGCAGAUUGUUGGUGCCUGAAACACAGAGAUCCCUGUGCUACAGAUGAGGCUUAGCAGGACAGGAGCAGAGUUGGGGCACAAUCCCAGGUCUCCUCUCUGGCUCCAAGCUGCCGGUCUUUCCUUUGCCACCUGAAGACCCCCUACCCUGCCUUGCUUUCCAGGAACAGGCCUGCCUGCCUGGAGAGGCGGCCAAGUCCCUCUGCUCUUCCUGGAAGUCAGCGUGAGGCUGAGCUACAUGACCAAGCAAAGCAAACUAGGACUACAGGUGUGAACCACCCUGCCUGGCUCAUUUUUAUUAUUAUUUUUUUUUUUGUAGAAACAGGGUCUCUUGAUGUUGCCAGGGCUGGCACAUGGGGUUUUUAAUUGUCCCUACAUUACAAAGUUGAGGACAUCAAGGCUCAGCAGGAUGCAGUUACGGGUCAGCAGGAUGCAUAGCUAGACUGGAAGGGAGGAUGAGGCUGCCAUUGGUGCCCAUUUGACUAUCAGAGACACUGAGGCCAGCAUAACUAGGUCCUGGGCUGUCCCCUACAGAGCUUAAUGCAGAAGUCACCUGGGCUUGUGGACCCUUGGAGCAGGAGCAAGGGUUUCCAGGACUGUCCCUAGAGGGCUUUCUAGAAGACCUGCAGCUACACCUGGGUGUGUCUCCUGAGGUAUAGGGCCAGGGCCUCAGUCUCUCAAGACCUACUAUGUGUCAGGCACCAGGGAGAUGAUACCAAGUGGAGGGUCCUAUAGAAUAUGGUGCAUCCUGCGCCAAGUACUUCGGGAGAUGAUACCAAGUGGAGGGUCCUAUAGAAUAUGGUGCAUCCUGCGCCAAGUACUUCCAGGAUUAUCUUACUCAACCUUCAUGACAUCCUGAGAGAUGGAGGCUGUGAACCCUCUCAUUAUACCUACGAGGAAACAAACAGAGGGGCUAAGAAACUUGCUUGUAUGCUGUCUGAGCUGUGAUUCUGGCACAGGCUGAGUGACCUGGAGCUGGAUGCCUUAGUCGUCACACCAGGCUUGAGGAGGGGCGGAUAGGACAGGAAUAUACCAGGCAGUAGGGACAGUCUGGACAAAGGCCUGGAGUUCUGCAGACACAUGGGUAGGGAUGUGUAGGGGUAAGCUGGUGCUGGGGGGUGCCCUUGGCUGAGCGCUGAAUGCAUUUCUGGGGACCAGGACCCUAAAGAGGUUUUUGAGCUGAGUUACAGAGUUAAGAGAGGCAUUGAGGCUGCUCUUUCUGGAUUCCAGGAAAAAGGGACCGGGGCAGGAGGUUGCAACUGUCCAGGGUCUGGAGGCGGCUGGAGUCUGCAGCAGUGGCAUCAGAUACUCUGGAACAGAACUGACUCAGCCAUUGCUGAGGGGUUGGAUGUGGGAUGGCCAGGACCACCACAAUGGGCCCAGGGCUCUGAUUGGGACCUGGGGGAAAUGGGGCCACCUGAGUUGGAGGCUGGGGUGCUGGGGGGGACAGUCGGGAAGCUUGACAGCAUAGGAUGCUUUCAGAAUAUCUGAGAGGCAGCAUCGGAGUGUCUGGAGAUGCAAAUGUGACCAUGUGGGGACACAGUCCAAAGGCAGCCCUUGAGGUAGAGUUGGGAAGAACACCCUCCUAGACCUGAAGUGCUGACAACAGUACCGGGCAUCUGCAGUAUGUAAACUAGUGCCAGGUGCCGCACACACUUUGUCAUGAAUCUUUCUGUUGGCACAUCAGGGAUCCCUUCCUUGGCCCACUAUACGGAUGAAGGGACUGAGGCUUAACCUGCCCAAGGUCACACAGCCAGCAACUGGCCAUGCUGGAGUUUGAACCUAGUCCUCUGACGUCCCAGCCAGGAGAGGCGUGACCAGGCUGCAGAGGCCAAAUGCAGCCCAGAGCCUCAACCCCCAGAGGGGCCCCAGGAGCCAGUGAGGUGCCCCACAGCCAACGUGGGCUCCAGAGUGAAGGGGAAAGUGAUGAAUGAAACAGAAAGCAGCAGAGGCAGACUGAGCUCUCUCCCGUCAGCCUGGGUGCCAGAUUUUCACGCCCACAGCAAAGGGGCCAGGCAGAGCGCUAGGUGUGGGGCAGGAGAGGGCAGUGAAAGUGGUUGCCACUGAACCCAGACUCUGAUACACUCUGGAUAUGGGUGGCGCAGACUGACAGACACCCAGCCCAAUUCCCGACUGAAAGUUGAGUCCAUCUCAGCAUGUGAGGAUAUGAAGUUUGCUUUGUCACAGGGAGCAUUUCAGGUCCCUAGGCCUGUGAGGUUCUGGGAUGAGGCACCAGAUGCAUGUGUCUAAAAACCCUUGUUGAAGGCACUCCACAGCUCAAGAACUGACCGUUGCUGCCUACUCUCUUGGCCCGCACUGAAAACCACUGUUUCUUCAUCAUUUCCCUCAGCCCUCCUGCCUCAGUCCCCCAGAACUUUGGAGCUGAUUCUUUCAAAGCACGUUUCGUGUGCAACUCAAAUACAUAUUUUUUAACAGAUAAAAUGAGCAUCUUGUUAGCA